AUGGAAUACUGCUGCCACCUCUGGGACGGCUCUGCCAAGAAACAUUUGGCUGCUGAAUCAGUGGAAAGGCGUGCCAGAAGACUUAUCGACAGCCCCACCCUUGUUGAAGCGGCGUUCCAGGAACUUGACCAUCGCCGUAAAGUGGUGUCAUCCGCGGGCACGGUGUGCGUUCGCUACAUAGUGUCAUACGUGCACUCGCCGCGCCUCAUACCAGUCAUCGUGACCAACCAGACCACAAACAAGUCUAAAGAAAUCCGCUCCACGCUCAGCGAAGUACUAGUGCUCCUCCUAGAAAACUGGAACCCAUCUAUUGUGGACAAACAAGCGCAAGUCGUCAGAGAUGCUAUUCGACGAGCCUGUGUUGACGCUGACAGCACUGCGAGGACCUUUGGACGGAGAGCGUACUGGGCCUACAAGCGACAGUUCCCCGACGAAGCCGAGCAGUUGUUCGCGAAGCUAGACAUCGCAGCUCAGAAGCAGAUAGAAAGAGAAAGGAAUAUCGGCAGCGUGGACAGCCUGCACCAUGUCGGGACAGAAAGGAGAGCCAUCACCAGCCCUCGAAGUCCAUCUGCCAGCGUCUCAGAGCGUUCGCCCGGAGGCGCUGCCAGGUCGGUGUCAGCGGUGGACGCGGCGGCGGCGCAGCGAGCCAGGGCCCGUGCGCUCUAUUCGCACAUGAGUAGAGCCAAGAUGGCCGCCGGCACUGCGAGCCUGCCGCCAAGAAUGAGCAAUUGA